AUGAUAUUUAUUUGUCUAUGUGAUUCAGUCUCGCCCUCAGAUAGCCGUGCUGUAUCUCGUUGAAAUAAGAAUCAACGUUGUGGUGAUAUAGAUACAGUUGUUGUCCUUAAUGUGCAUACGGAUAAAAAUUUGUUGGAAACAAGCAGUGAUUAUCAUGCAUUUAAAUCAAAUUCUGAUAUCGUUUACAAACAUUGUGUACAUUUCAACUCUGAAAAUCUAUCAGGAAUCUAUCAAUUUAAUUUUCUUCAUGAACAAGAUAUUCAUCCAUAUUAUUGUGUACAAUUGUGCAAUAAAUAUCAACAACAAUAUGCUCUACUUAAUUCAAAUAAGUGUUUAUGUACAAAUAUCCAAAUUAAAGAAGAACUAAGACAAUACUCUCCGCUUCUACUACUUGAUUCUCCUUGUAAUCAACAUUGUUUAGGUGAUUACUUUUAUUCAUGUGGAAGUAAUAGCAAUUCAACAAUUUAUUCAAUGUAUACUAAACUGUCAAAUUGCCCACAUGAUUUUCAAGCUAUUAACGAUAAAAAUCAGUGUGUUCAUCUUGGUCUUUCAGCAAGAAAAAAUUCUUACACAACAGCACAAUCUUAUUGUAAAUCUAUGGGUGGAAUAUUAGCAAAAAUAGAUGACAUUGUAGACAUACAAGAUCUUCUGCCUAAAUAUAUGAUAUCACAAGAUUAUUUCAAUGGAAAUCAAUUUAUCUACUUUCAAAAAUUACAUGAUAAACCUAUUCAUUUUUGGAUUGAUCGGAUGUCAAAUAGGUUAAAUGAUAGUAAGAUAUCCGAUCGUUUCAUUCGUAAAUGUUUUAAAACAUCAAAAUCAAUUAAUCACAAUUGUAUUGUUCUUGAUUAUGAACAAGUUUUAAUUGACAAUAUACCUGCUUUUAUACUAUGUUUAUCUGAAUCAGAUGAAUGUUCGUCGACAUCUGCAGUACCUAUUUGUGUUGACAAAAAUUUAGAAUCGCAUUCAAAUGAAAUAUCUUCAAUGGGAGAUAAUGAUUCAUCAAUCAUAAAAAUGAAUACAUUCACAGAUUAUUUAUGCAGUAAUGAUACAGAUUAUCAUUUAAUUGAUGAUUAUUGUUAUAAAAUAUUAUUACAUGAAACGACUUGGCAUAAAGCAAAAACUGAAUGUGAACGCGAUAAUGCUACAUUAUUUUUACCCGAGAAAAAUAAAGUAAUUCCUUUAGUAAAAGAAUUAUUUUUACGUCGAUAUAGUUAUACAUCAUCUGGUAUUGCACAUAUUGAUGUACUUUAUGAUGAACAAAACUUUACUACUACACAAAAUAUCACCAGUAAUACAAGUACUUCGAAAUCUGUAUUUAAUUUCGAUAACGUUUAUAGUUCAUGCAAAAUGUCAUUCGUUGAAAAUUUUCCUAGUUUAUUGUCAUUACUAAAUGGAACAGAAAAAGUUAUAGAUAAACGCAAGUCUCAUCAAAUUGCUUGUGGAUACAUUAAUUUUCAAUCGUACGAUUCACAGUGGAUUUUAUGUGAUCAAGAAUCUUGCAAUCGACCAGCAACCAUAAUAUGUCAAAAAUCACCGACUAUAAUAAGUCAUGUUAUUUUAGCAAAAAGGUUAGUGAUAAUCAGUAUUGGCAUUCUUUCUUUCAGAUUAUAUUAUCUGCAAAAAUACGUUGAAAAAACUAUACAAAAGAGAAUAAUUAUUAUAUAUUUUAAUGAUUAUGUUAUAUAACGUUUUACAGUAUUCAUAGAAAAGUUAAUUUGCCGACAAAUAUUAUCUAAUAUCAUGAUUAUAAAACGUUUCAAAGAUUAGUAAUGGUCAGAAUGAAAUAUAGUUCAGGAAAAUAAAAGUUCACUUAUUUCUAUUCGAUGACUAUAAUAUUUUCUAUGCAGGUCUCACAACAUCAGAUUGAGUAAAAUCGAUAGCCAAGCUGAUUAUUUCUGUAUAUCUCUAUACUCUAAUUCUAACCUGUUAAAUUUGUAUAACAGUAGUAGGAUAUAAAUAUAAAAAAUAAAAUUGCUCUUAUCGAUUAAUAAAUUACAUGAUUGAGAAAUUUUCGAGUUCGUCUGCUAUAUAAGAAUGUAUAUUUUGUGUAUUUAAACAUCGAUUAUUGAAUUCAUUUAUUUAUAGUGAUUCUAAAAAUGUACCAAUCAAAUUGACUGAAGAAGAAUCAAAUGCUCAAACAUUUAUUAGAAAACGUUCUGCAUAGACUAUUUUGAUAUUUUCAAUUGUAUUGGUUAUUAUGUUUAUUAGAUUUAUUUAUCCAUUACAAAAUUGUUAACUAAAUUGAAAAAUUAAUCAACAUCAAACACUUUUUAUUCUUCACUAUCAUUGAAAAAUGAAUGUAGUUUAAAUUAGAAACACUAUUUGUAUUUCUUAUUCAUAUUAUUGUUUCAUUAAAAGUUUUCAUUAUAAAUGAAAUGUUUUUUCUUUGAAUUUGUAAACACAUUAAAUGGGUUAGAUGAAUUUCGGCCCACGAAUUUUUUGUCCCGUACUUUCGGCCCAGACCGAAAUUCCGGUGAUUUUUCGGUCCGAGUCGCAAGUCUGACAGGCAUUUCGGGCCGAAACUUGAUUUAUCUAAUUAAUUUUAUAAAUAAUUAGUAAACUUCAUCGCGCUUAGCACUAUGCACUUUGAAGAAAACGUUGCACUCGGCAGUAUGACAUGUUGCUCAGCAAGAUAACAUAGUACUCAGCAGUUAGACAUGAUGUCCGGCGAGAUGACAUACUGCUUAGCAUUGUGAUGUGGUGCUCAGCAGUACGGAAUUGUGCUUGACAGUAUGAUGUAGUGCCUAGCUAAACAAUCUAGUAAGUACUUAACACUGUGCAAAUCGAUAAAAAAUUGGCAGGUCGAAUAUUGAUCGAAACAUAUGUUAACGAUUCUGUUGUGGAAGCUAACGCAAUAUUUAAGAAAUGGGUAUGGAACUUAGCAAGACGAAUUUAGAUGACAUGAUAAUUGUAACGUUCGGCUAUACCUGUAUAUUUCUUCGUCUAUUUAACUCAAGGAGGAAAAGACGGUACUCCAGCUACUCCAAAGUAAAUUUUGGAGUACAGCGGAGUAUGGUUGGAGUACGACUGGAGUAGAGCAGAGUAGCACCGGAGUGGAGUGAAGUAUUACUCAAGUAGAGUGGAGUAUCACUGCCAUAGUAUGUAGUACCAUCGGAGUACAGUGAAGUAAGAUCGAACUACGACUGGAGUAACAGGCCAAUAGAACUGAAGUACAAAUGGAUUACCGUUGAAUACUGAUUGCUUCUCAUACUGAUAUCAACAUUAUGCUUUAGCAAAUUGUUAUGCGAAGAUAUGAUUAUAAUCCUUUCAAUACCAGUUUAAAAGAUAAUCUUGGGGUGGGUGUGGGUAUGGGUGUGGGGUGUGGGUGUGGGUGUGGGUG